AUGUAUCGUUCAUCUCAAAUAUCAUCCUCUUCCACUAGUUCGGUAAUAACUGGUCGGCCACUGUGUAAGCUGAUUUUUAUGCUUCCUGUUAUUGUUCAUUUAAAUAUAUUUCAUCCCGGGGAGUAUUCGCAGCCUUUAAUAUUUCUCUUACAGCCUUGCACCUCGCUAUCAACUUUUGCCUGCAACAAAAACACUUCAUCAUGUACAGCACUUAACCCAUAA